AUGCCACCAGGCAGAUACAAGGGUGGAGACGACAACAAUGAAGAAGAGAUGACACCGAUGCAGGAGUUUAACAGGACCUCGUCAGCAGUUCCGCACACACUGCCACCACUGUCACCGACUCACCCGUCAUCGUCUCCGCUCUUCCAACAGACUUCUUAUGGAUCUCAAUCCACAGUCACCACAUCCUCCUCCUCCUCCUCUGACGCCGCCGACAAUAAAGGGCUACUUUCUGGUGGUGAGGAGAAGAAGAGUUCUAGCUCAAGUGACGAUGAACGGGCAGAGAUGGGAGAUCAUCGUCGACCAAUAGCCAACGGCGCGGAUUCGGACUCGGAUGACAGUAGUGAUGGAGGAAACUUGAAGGACGACCAUGGACGGGAAGUGUCACCGGUUGCGGAGGUAGCAGCGGUGGUGUCCAAUGUGGAUGACCCUUCGUUACCUUGUUUGACGUUCCGAUUCUGGGUCAUGGGGCUCGUUUCGAUCUUGUCGUUGUCGUUUGUCAACCAGUGUCUGGCAAGAGUGGUGUGCACGGACAACUGUUGCUUCUUCCGCGAUGCCCCUUUGGUCGUCUCAGGGUUGGUCAUCCAAUUGCUGUCCUAUCCGAUUGGAAAGUUCAUGGCAAGGGCCCUCCCAACCACGGAAUACAGCAUUUUUGGCAGAAUAAUAACUCUCAACCCAGGACCCUUCAACGUCAAGGAACACGUCCUCAUCACCAUCAUGGCCAACUGUGGCGCAGGAACCGCCUACGCCGUCGAUAUCAUCGUCAUCCAACGAGUCUUUUACAAACAGAACUUUGGAUUCCUUGCCAACUUGCUCUUGAUCCUCACCACACAGCUGGUCGGUUACGGCAUGGCAGGAAUUCUACGCCGGUACCUCGUAUACCCAGCAGCCAUGAUCUGGCCCUCCAACUUGGCGACUGUCGCUCUUUUCAACACGCUUCAUCGUCGGGAAGAACUCGCCCCUGGACAAUGGACCCGCCAAAAGUUCUUUGCAGCCUGUGCGAUCGGUUCGUUUUUGUACUACUGGAUCCCGGCCUACAUCUUCCCAGCUAUCACGGCCUUGUCGCUCCUCUGUUAUGUCCAGCCUUCGAACGUGGUGUUGUCGCAGAUAACGGGGUCACAAGGACUUGGCAUUGGUGUGCUCUCGUUGGACUGGAAUACUAUUACUGCAUUCUUGGGAUCACCUCUCAUCACGCCUUGGUGGGCCCAGGUUAAUAUCAUGCUUGGAUUCAUCUUGAUUGCGUGGGUCAUGGUCCCCACAGCCUAUUAUCUGGAUAUCUGGAACGCGAAGAAAUACCCGAUCUUGACCUCAAAACUGUUCACGACCGAUGGGUACUACUAUGACACCUUGUCUAUCCUAACCCCUGCCAAGACUCUUGAUGAGCCCAUGUACAAUGCCUACGGGCCUCUCCGAAUUGCCACCUUCUUUGCCAUCAGUUACGGGAUUGGAUUUGCGGGAUUGACGGCGAUUUUGACUCACACGUUCUUGUACCACCGCAAGCAGAUCUGGGCUCAAUGGAAGGAGGCACGCGGAGCCAGCCAGGACAUCCACUACAAGAUGAUGCAGGCCUACAAGGAGGUCCCCGAAUGGUGGUACCUGACCCUCUUCUGCAUCACCGUCAUUCUAUCCAUCGUUACCUGCGAGGUCUGGGAUUAUGGCCUCCCUUGGUGGUGUGUCCUCCUCGCUGUCGGGAUCUCGGCCCUAUUCUCGCUCCCGAUCGGUCUCAUCCAGGCCGUCACCAACCAGCAACCGGGACUCAACAUCUUGACAGAGUUUAUUAUCGGAUACAUCCUCCCUGGUCGCCCUAUUGCCAAUGUGACAUUCAAGACCUAUGGAUACAUCUCGAUGUCGCACGCCAUGUCGUUUCUGGGUGACCUCAAAUUGGGACAGUACAUGAAGAUCCCGCCCCGGACCAUGUUCAUGGCCCAGUUGAUUGGAACCUUUAUCGCGGGCUUUGUCAACCUGCUUACCGCAAACUGGUUGCUCGCGACGAGACCCAAUAUCUGUACCCCCGAGGGUGGGCAUUUCACCUGUCUCUCUGCCAACGUCUUUUACUCGGCCUCGGUCAUCUGGGGAGUCAUUGCGCCCGAACGCAUGUUUGGCUCGGCAUCGAUCUACCACCCCCUGAUGUACUUCUUCAUCGCAGGAUUGCUCAUUCCCAUCCCUUUCUACUUAAUCUCCAAACGGUACCCCGGGACAGUCCUCGAUCAGAUCCAUAUCCCUGUCCUCUUGACCUCUACGGGGAUGAUGCCUCCCGCGCGACCCUUUCAAUACGCUAACUGGUUAGCCGUUGGGUUCUGCUUCCAGUACUGUGUAAAGCGGUAUUACAAGGAUUGGUACCAGCGGUUCAAUUAUGUGCUCUCGGCGGCGCUGGAUUCGGGGGUUGCCGUGUCGGCGUUGGUGAUUUUCUUUACGUUGCAGAUACAUGAGAUUGAUUUCCCGGCUUGGUGGGGUACGAAUCUGAACCACUGUCCGUUGGAUAGGGCUAAUUUCGAUGGCCAGCUGCCUUCUAACAAGCCCGAACCUGCUACCGUUCCUGUAAGUUAG